AUCCCAAAUAUGUUCAUCUGCUACUCCCAUUCCUCGUCGAAUGCUAGCUAAACAGCGAUUAAGGUGCAACUAAUAGGCAUUUAUACCCAACGUGGUCGAUGCUUACGAUAGUAUUUUAGUUUCGGGAUACUUUAAUGGCAUGAGUCGUUAUUUUAAAUGUAUUUGUAUCGCCAUUUGAGUCCGAAUUCUGAGAAACUCCAUUACCCAUCAGCCAUCUGUUAUUGUCUGAACUCGGGCUAGUUGCUGUAUAUAUAUUAUUCCGCUGCACUGAGUUGCUUGGUCCCUUGCUGCUGCUCUGGUUGUGGUGCAUUAGAGAAAUUGCUCGUACUUGACCGCACACGAGCAACAACUGUCCCCGGGCUGUGAGUCGUCUGGGAUGGGUAACUGGAGUCCAUAACUGCGCUCAGCAACUUCACCAUAAUGUCGAUGACUUUUGGCUGGUCGAGCAGCGUGACUCUGCUGUUUGACUUCUGGGAUGUGCACGGGCCUGCAGGGAUGGUGCUGUCGGUGUUUGUGGUCCUGCUGCUGACGGUGUUCUACGAGGUGCUCAAAGUGUGGAGGCUGUGGUUGAGCAGCAGCUCAAAGCUGGCCCAGCCUCAGUCUGCGUACGCCCCCCCCCCAUCCUACCGCAGCGACAGCACCACGGCGCUGGAGAGCAGCCCCUCCGAGUCCUCGCUGACCCCCAUGGAGCCCCCCCCUCCCGCUGCAAACACCACACACAGAUGGCUGCUGCAUGCGAUCCAGACGGCCCUCCACAUGCUGCAGGUGUCUCUGGGGUACAUGCUGAUGCUGUGCGUCAUGUCCUACAACACCUGGAUCUUCCUCGGGGUCGUGGUGGGCUCCGUCCUCGGGUAUUUCAUCUCCUUCCCUCUCGUGGUUCACAAAUGAUGAUAUGGACACACUUCAGACACAGGGUGGAUUUUUAUCAUCUGUAUUUUUUUUCCCUGAGUUAAGAGGAUCUUAUGCUCUGGAUAUUUGAGGGGAAACCACCUAAUUUGAAUUGUGUUGUUCUGCUUCUUAGUGGUUUUUUGUGAAAAUGUGAACACUAGGCGGGGACAAGGGGAGUUCCUGGUACGCUGAAUGAUAAGAUGAGCAACCCAACACAAACUACUGCUGCAUGAAACACAUCUGGUUAUUGAAACUAAAAUAUUAUGCACAAACUCAUUCGCACUGUCUGUGAGCAGCACUCUGUCCCUCUUUAAUCUGUGGCCUCAGGGCUCUUUAGAGGUCACUUUGACUGGACAUACUUACUAAUAUCAUUUGUCUUUGACCAGAGGAACAAUAUGUAUAUUUGUAUCGUUUUUCAGGUGUUUUCUUUUAUGUUAAAGGGAUAUAGCAUUGUGUUUCUGAGGCGUAAUCUUGCUCAUCUUAUGAACAGCAAACAUCUAGGAGGAGAUUGGAGUUUAGUUUAAUUGGACUCCAGCAUUUAAAUUCUCCACAGCAGAGGAACGACAAAAAUGUAAAGAAGGGAAGUCAGGCUCGUGGCAUAUUACGGUUGUUUCUGGUCAGAAGUAUCAGACUAUUCUAGUCCUCUGUAUUUUCCAGAAAAGUCAAGGUAUAAUGACACUACAAACUAUCACAACAUUAGAUAUUUGAACUGUUAUUAAGGGAGAGGUCUGACUAUGCUGAGAAGACACAGUUACUGAAGCUUCAAGGUGAAAUCAUCAUGACUUUUAUGUUUUAAUCUAAAAAGCAACGUUUGUGUGUGAACUAACAUGGAAGUAUUGAAUACUGAUUUCUCUUUUUUUGUGGUGUUUGAGUGAAACCUAAACGCAGACUCGCACUCGGAGCUGAGAUUGACGGUCAGAGGACUUUUGACAGGGCUAAGAAUCAGGAACUGAAUCAUGUGAUUGCGGUUUGUAAACUUCUCUAAUUUGUCAUCUUGGUUCACGGACCUUCUCUCACGUGAAAGACAAUCAUGUGGUUCGUUGGCAAUCAUUGACCACCCUUAACCUGCAAAGAAAAGAACCCUGAAACCAACUUAUAACAUGUGUUUGAGUUUUUAAACUAGUUUUAGACUUAGUCCAGUUAAAACCUUUUUAGUUGGGAGUGGUGGGUCGAAAAUAAAAUGUUUCCUUAAUGUGUUUCUGUUGCAAGAACUUGGCCGACAAAAAUAAAGAAUAAAGUUGAUGAAAUAGUUUUAUUCAUCCAUAUUUAAUAUGUAUAUACAGUUUAUUGCAAGAAGGGAAAGGCACUAGACAAACAGCUGCUCACACCACAGACAGAUACUUGUAAUAAAUAAACAGGAGAAGGUGACGGACAGUUUGUUGCAUUGGAAGGAAUGGUUCUUAGGAAACUCUAAAUGUGCCUUGGAUACAGUGAGUGAUUUUAUUACAGGUCACUGAAUCAUAAAAAUGAGAGUUAAAAGUUUUCCCUAAUUUCAUUUGAAAAUAAAUUGAAAUGUAAUUGCAAUUUUUUAAAGAUGUUCCUGCAAAGAAAUAUGUCAUUUUGUACUAAUUCUAAUAAAAAUGAUAUGUUAGUACUUUA